AUGGCAUCAAUUUCGAGGCCCUCAACUUCUUACAGCACUACUUCUACAUCAUAUCAGUAUGGGUAUACUAACUCUAAUUCCUAUUCCUUGCCUCCUCAUGGUCGCCGUUCAAGCACUGCUCGUCCCAGUACAACUCGCCCAAGCACUGGGCGUAGGUCACGAGCAAGCUCUAUUAUUGGAGGUGGAGAAUCUCAGCAAAUUAUUUGUGCUGUCAGUGAAGGUCGUGGAGUAUCUCCGACUGUUGGGUUAGCAUUUGUCAAUAUCUCAACUGGCGAAGCAGUCCUCAGUCAAAUCUGUGACAAUCAAUUUUACGCCAAAACUCUCCAUAAACUACAAGUCUUCGAGCCUACCCAGAUCUUGAUUGUAUCUACUUCUGGACCUCCAAACCCUAAAUCUAAGAUGUACCAAAUUGUGGAAGAGAAUAUAUUGGGAGCUAGGAUCAUCACAGUGGAUCGUCGUUAUUGGUCCGAAACGUCUGGUAUCGAGUACAUUCAACAGUUAGCGUUCAAGGAAGAUCUCGAGGCCAUCAAGGUCGCUAUAGGGGGUAACUACUUCUCUGUGUGCUGCUUUUCCGCGGCUUUAAAAUACAUUGAUAUGAGCUUAUCCCUUACUUUUGCAUUUCAUUCUCUUCGAGUUAAAUAUCAGCCCUCGGAAGAUUCCAUGAUGAUAGACCUUGCAACCAUUCAAUCACUUGAGCUGAUACAGAAUCUGCAGAAUGCCAAGUCAAAAGAUUGUUUAUUUGGACUCAUGAACGAGACGUUAACACCCAUGGGAUCACGGCUAUUGCGGAGCAAUAUUCUGCAGCCUUUGACUCGGUCAACUUUACUAACUGCUCGCUACGAUGCAUUGGCCGAAAUAUCGGAAAAUGAGGACAUGUUCUUACAGAUUAGACAAGCUCUGAAGUCGAUUCUUGACAUUGAAAAACUCCUUACUUGCCUUAUUAUCAUUCCAACUGCCCCAGGCAUCUGGAACUCCGAGCAAGAUAUAAACAACAUUUUAAUGCUAAAAUUAUUUGCACAAUCUAUCGGUCCAGUCUUGAAAAGUCUGUCGGGUGCUCGAUCAGAGCUUUUAAUUCAGAUACGUGAUAACUGUCGUACUGAAGUCAUCGACUCCACAAUGCAACUUAUUAACGAAGUCAUAAAUGAGGAUGUCACAUAUCAGAAAACUCCUCUAGAUCUACGAAAUCAACGAACAUAUGCUGUGAAAGCAGGGGUUAGUGGCUUCUUGGAUGUAGCACGUCAAACUUUCAAAGAGGCGACUGAAGACGUACAUCAGCAUGUGACUGAAAUUCAUCAAAAUUAUGAAAUGCAAGGUGAGACUAAAUUCGAUAAUCUCCGACGAUACUAUCUUCGAUUUUCCGACAAUGAAUUUGAGGGUCGAAACAUACCGGAUAUACUCAUCAAUCGGUUUCGCAGAAAAGGGUAUAUCGAAUGUCAGACUUUAGAUUUGGUAAAACUCAACCAGAAAAUCGAAGACUCCCACAUAGAAGUCAUCUUGGGAAGCCACAAAACCAUACAAGAACUCCUUGAAAAUUUACGAAGCAAAAUUCCCAGCCUCUUCAAAGUUUGUGAGAGUAUCGCUAUGCUCGAUAUGAUCACAUCAUUUGGGCAAUUAGUCACGAGUCAAGAUUCCUAUGUCAGACCGGAGAUCACUGAUUGCAUCGCUAUCAAGUCUGGCCGCCAUCCAAUUCGAGACAGGGUACCGUCACAUAAAUUCGUUCCCAAUGAUUAUUAUGCAACGCAACAAUCACGUUUUCAGGUAAUUACCGGAUGCAAUAUGAGCGGGAAGAGUACGUACAUACGAGGUGUCGCUCUUAUGAGUGUGAUGGCGCAAGUUGGCUGUUUUGUACCAGCAAGCUAUGCUUCCUUUCCAAUGAUCCAUCAACUUUUUGCUCGGGUGUCGAUGGAUGAUAGCAUUGAAGCAAAUGUUUCUACUUUCGCGUCGGAAAUGAGAGAAACCGCAUUCAUACUUAGAAACAUCGAUGAGAAAAGUCUUGCUAUUAUUGAUGAACUUGGUCGUGGGACUAGUACAAGGGACGGUCUAGCAAUUGCUCUAAGCAUUGCAGAAGCAUUGGCAGAGAGUCGAGCGCUAAUCUGGUUCGCCACUCAUUUUAAAGAGCUUGCACAAAUCAUGUCUCAGCGCCCUGGCGUUGAGGUUUAUCAUUUGUCGGUUGACAUGAGCGACCCCAACACCAUGACAAUGCUCUAUAAACUUGGUCAGGGUUGUGUUAGAGAACAGCACUAUGGUCUUGCUCUAGCGCGUGUGGUCGAUCUACCCUCAAAAGUAGUCGUGGUGGCCGAGAAAGUUUCAAAGACUCUCAUUGCUCAAACCGCUGCGAAGAAGAAGUCUUCCAGGGCUUCGGCGAUUAACAAGAGAAGGAAACUUCUCCACGGCUUGAAAGAGCAUCUUGAGCAGCUUCGUGAUAGCCCCAUGGAGAAUCAGACAUUGCUAGAUUGGAUUGAAAAGGUGCGACGAGAAUUCAUAAUUCGCAUGGAGAAGAUUGAAAUUGAAUUGGCAGAUAGCGAUUCAGAAAAUUCGGGGGAUGAGGGUACAAAUGAGGCAACCAACAGUAUCUUCAGUGGGGAACCGAGAAGCGAAGAGACUUUGCCAAGCGACGGUACUUGA